GUGCGUAUGACGUCACACGGUUUUCAUCUCCUGUAAUUGGAGAACAGCGCAGCUAGCUGGUGGCUAACGGAGCUAGCAGCAGCGUUUCUUUGAUUCUCACAGUUCUAAAGACGCGACCAUUUUAAACUCAGUGUUGACGUGUGAUUGUUCGGGACUUUUCUAAAUCUUCAGACUCCUCUUGACACCGUUUCACUCUUCGUUUGGAGGGAGACUGCUGCACCAUGUACAAUGGGAUCGGCCUCACGACUCCGCGAGGCAGCGGCACCAACGGUUACGUCCAGCGAAACCUGUCGAGCCUUCGGGUCAAACGGCCGCGAGAUGAACGCGGCGGCGAGCGGGACGAGAAGGACCGCGAGAGGCUGGAGAGUCAGCUGAACCGGCAGCCCAACGCCGACAUCCUGGAGCACCAACGCAAGAGGCAGCUGGAGGUCAAGUGUGCUGAACUGCAGGACAUGAUGGAGGAGCAGGGGUAUUCUGCAGAGGAGAUCGAGGAGAAGGUGAACAGUUUCCGCAUGAUGCUGCAGGAGAAGCAGGAACCGACGCAGGCCUCCACCGAGAGACCAACGGUGACGGAGACUCACGCUCUCGCUGCCGCCAAUCAGCAGAAAAACGACCGACUUCGCGAUGCUUUCGGCAUCUCCAAGGACUACGUCGAUGGAUCGUCGUUCCACGCCGACCGCAAGGAGAAAGAAAAAGAGAAGCGAGAGCAGGAACGCCUGGAGAGGGAAAGACAGCAGCAGCAGCAGCAGCAGCAGCAGAAAUAUACUUUGGUGGAGGAUUCAGACGAGUCGGAUUCUCCUCCCAAGAAACGCAGCCGGAAGAAGAAAAAGAAGAACAAGAACAGAGACAGCUCAGAGAGUCCGUCACCAUCUCCUCGCAGAGAGAAGAAGAAAUCCAAAAAGAAGAAAAAGAAGCGCGAGGUGUCAGAGGAGGAGGAAGACAGCUCCUCAGAUGAGAAACAGAAAUUGUCAAAGAAGCACAGAAAAAACAGCGAAAGCAAAAGUCCUCCGAAAACAAAGUCAGCGCGGCACCGAAGCGUCUCGUCCAGCUCUGCUCACAGCCAAUCUCCACCUCCGCUGAGAUCACGUCAGCAGGACCAAACCACGAGAAACGAAGGUAGAAAAGGUAGAUCGCCCGACAGGAGGAGGCGGAGCUACGAGGAGCCGAGUCCGCAGCGUCACGGAGGCGACGGGAAGAGGCCAAAUCUCGAGAGGGAAAAAGAUCGACCGAGUAGGACGGAGAAAACCUCCACGAAAAGGAGACAUGACUCAUCCUCGUCAUCUUCUCCUCCACCGCAGAAAACCAACGAGAGGGAGAAAGGAAGGAGGUCCAUGAGCAAACAGAAGGAGAGCAACAAGGGGAGGCGUUCAAGGAGCGUAGAGGUGGAAAAGAGGAGGCGUUCAAGGAGCGUAGAGGUGGAAAAGAGGAGGCGUUCAAAGAGCACAGAGAUGCUGAAAAGGAGGCGUUCAAAGAGCAUAGAAAUGGAAAAGAGGAGGCGUUCAAGGAGCAUAGAAAUGGAAAAGAGGAGGCGUUCAAGGAGCAUAGAAAUGGAAAAGAGGAGGCGUUCAAGGAGCAUAGAAAUGGAAAAGAGGAAACGUUCAAGGAGCAUAGAAAUGGAAAAAAGGAGGCGUUCAAGGAGCAUAGAGGUCCAAAAGAGGAGGCGUUCAAGGAGCGUAGAUGAGGAGAAAAGGAGGCGCUCAAGGAGCAUAGAAAUAGAGAAAAAGAGGCGUUCAAGGAGCCCAGUGAUGGAGAGGAGGCGGCGUUCAGGGAGCCCAGAGAUGGCGAAAAGGAGACGUUCAAGAAGCGUAGAACAUGAGAGGGACAGAGUGAGGCAUUCAAGGAGCAAAGAAAAGGAGAGAGAACGAGGGAGGCGCUCCAGAAGCAGAGAUGUGGAGAAAGCGAGGCGUUCAAGAAGCAGAGAAAAGCGGGACAAAGUAAAGGAGAGCCUUGCUCAGAGGCCAAGACAUGACUCCUCUUCAUCUCCUUCUCCUUCUCCUCCUCCUCCUCCUCCCCCAGACAGGAGAGUCAGCGAAAGGAGCCGAGAUGUCAACCGGAACAAAAACACGAGACAUGACUCCUCGUCUCCAUCACCGCCGCCACCCGAGAAAAAAAGAGCGAGGGAGAGAAGCAGCGAGAGGGAGCACCGGGCUGAGAGAGAUCCGCCAUCGAGGAGCGACAACAGGAGGAGGCAGGAGAGGGAGGCGUCACCUCGGCAACACAAAAACGACAGGAGACGGGACAGAAACCUCUCGCCAUCGCCUGUCGCCAACGGAAACCAAGGAGAACGGGAGGUAGAGAGGAGGCGAGAGACUGACAGGGAGGUCGCUAGACAGAGAGAACAGGACAGAGAAGGAGGCAGAAGGAGAGAGGAGGUGGUAAAGUCUUCUGCAGAUGGAAGGAGAGAAGCAUCGAGACCUGCUGAGAAGAACAGGAGCGACAGACCGGAGCAGCAUAAGGAGAAACCCCAGGAGAAGGAGGCGAAACAGGCCGAGAAAAGACGAGAAAGCAGCAGCAGCAGCAGCAGCAGUAAUAGUAGUAGUAGUAGUAGCAGUAGCAGCAGCAGCAGCAGCAGCAGUGGCAGCGACAGCGACAGCUCCUCGUCUUCCUCCUCCUCUUCAUCCUCCUCCUCCUCUGAAGAUGAAGGUGAAACCAAGAAGGUCGGAUCAGCCAGCAGCCCCGAGAAAGCUGCUGCCAUCGGAGCCGCGUUUCAGAGAUAUUUAGCAAACGGUAAGAAGGAAAGUUCUGAAGGCGACGCCACCAGACGGAAGGAAGCGGAUAGACCUGAGAGACCGACCCCGGAGAACCGGUCCAGAGACCAGGAGAACCGGUCUAAAGGCCAGGAGAACCAGUCCAGAGACCAGGAGAACCGACACAGAGGACAGGAGAACCGAUCGAGAGACCAGGAGAACCGGUCCAGAGAUCAAGAGAACCGGUCCAAAGGCCAGGAGAACCGACACAGAGGACAGGAGAACCGAUCGAGAGACCAGGAGAACCGAUCGAGAGACCAGGAGAACCGGUCCAAAGGCCAGGAGAACCGAUCCAGGGGCCAAGAAAUUCGAUCCAGAGACCAGGAGAACCGGUCCAGAGACCAGGAGAGCCGGUCUAAAGGCCAGGAGCGCUACAGCCCCACCCAGGCCGACAGCCCCAGUCCUCCUCCUCCAUCGUCCCCCAGAGGCAGCAGGUUCUCCCCCUCCAGGAGGCCCAACAGGUCCAGCCCCUUGGCCAGGAGGUCUCGCUCUCCUCCUCAGAGGACCUCCAACGCCUCCCCGGCCCGUCGCACUCCACCCAGGCAGUACCAGGAACCACUGUCCAGGUCCAGAAGAGCUUCUCCUCCUCCUCCGACCUGGACGGACCGUGACAGACAAAGGGACCGAGACAGAGAGAGGGCUAUCAGGAGGAGCAGGACCAGGAGUCCAAGAAGGAGAAGCAGGUCAAGAUCCAGGAGUCCAAGGAGACGCAGCCCCCCCAGCAGACUUCGUCGCUCUCCCUCUCCUCAGCGACGGAGGAGAACCAGCAGAUCCCUGUCUAGAGAGAGACCCAGACAGAGGGAGGUGGAGCAGCAGAGGGAGAGAGAGAAGGAGCGUCAGCAGCAAAAAGAAGUUCCUCCUCCUCCUCGCUCCUCCUCUUCAUCAUCCUCCUCCAGCUCCUCCUCAUCCUCCUCCUCCUCACCUUCACCUCCACCACAGAAAAAAGACGCCAAAGCAGCACCAGAGAAGAGUCGCUCCUCCAGAGACUCCUCAAACGCUCCACCCUCAGGUAGGAGGAGUUCGCUGCCCCGAAGGUCUCCGGCCGACAGCCAAUCAGACGCCAAGCAGCCAUCGAGCAGGAAGCAGCUGUCACCGGCGGCCCAACCGGCUCCACCUCCAGAGCAGGUGGCCAGAAAUAAGAGCACCGUGAAUGGGAAGGAGGCCGACAAGAAAGGCAGCAGCAGCUCCAGCUCCUCUUCAUCCUCCUCAUCGUCCUCCUCUUCCUCGUCGUCGUCGUCCUCCUCAGAGAGCUCAGACUCUGAGGCAGAGCAGGAAAAAGGGAAAACGGACAAAACUCAGAGCUCUCAUUCCUCGUCCUCCUCGUCUGACAAUGAAAAGGAAACAACGAAGAAAAGCCCCAUUCGGCCCCGUCGGGUUCCGGCCGAUUCUCUGAGAGAUUCUCGCUCGCUCAGUUAUUCUCCUCCGAGACACUUGAGGGCGGCAGCGUCCUCACCGAGUCGCAGAAGCGGCAGCAGACAGUCGCCGAGUCGCUCAUCAGGCGGCCGACGUAGGAAAUGAUGCAACAGCUCGGAGACGCCUCACUUCCUCCUGUUCUUCUUCUGCUGUUUGAACUGAACAUGGAGCCAGUAGAUGUGUGGAUGUCAGAACUGGCUUCUCUCUUUCUUUUUCUGAGCUGAACCGGAAGCGUUCGCAGUAACUGUCCUCUGUCCCGUUGGUUUCGUUCCACCUGUAGAUAUGAGCUGUCUGUAUUUUGGUUAUUAUCGUGCAACAGAUCCGCGAUUUCCUUUUAAUGUGAAUGGAAACAUGUGGUUAAUUUCUUUGUUCAAAAUGAUUAAUAAUAAUAAAACUCAAUUGUACAUUUUA